GACGGGGGGCGGGGCUCAAAGUUUGAGGCUGUCGCCGAGCGGAGGGAGUAGAGGGGCUGUGGCUGCGGGCUGGCCCGGGCCGGGAGGCCGUUACACUGGCAGCGGGGGAGGAGCUGGUGGGCCCCCUCCCUGGUUUUCGCUCCCGCAGCCCCGCCCGGCCCCGGCCGCGCUGAGGUGAGAGGAGAAGGAGAAGGAGGGAGUUACGGGGGCGCGGAUAAAUGGGUGUGCAUGACCUUUACCUGAACUAAAGCAGUUCCAUGUCUUGUUUGGAUUGUUCCUGUGUUCUGCGGACAACAGUUGAAUCAAUCAGACAAGAAAAGCAAUCAGAAAAUAGCAUCCAUCAAUACUUGGCAGAUGAACCUGAGUUAUCCUGGAUUCAUCCAUAUGGAAGAGAUGAAACGGUACUUUGUUCUUCUGACGUCUCCCAUUAUGAACUCCAGGUGGAAAUAGUUGGCUUGCUUCUGGUUACAGGAAGAGGAUUCAACAAUUUAACUUCAAUCUACCUUGCCCGACACACACCUACAGGAACGCUUGUGGCUGUAAGGAUCACAGACUUAGAAAGCUGCUCUGAAGAACAUUUGAAAGCUUUACAGAAUGAAGUGGUGCUAUCCCACUUUUUCCAGCACCCCAACAUACUGACACUUUGGACAGUGUUCACUACUGGCAGCUGGCUUUGGGUCAUCUCUCCGUUCAUGGCCUACAAUUCAGCUAGUCACCUACUGAGGACUUACUUCCCUGAAGGAAUGAGUGAAGCUUUGAUAGGAAACAUUCUGUUUGGUGCAGUUCGAGGGUUAAAUUAUAUGCACCAAAAUGGCUACAUUCACAGGAAUAUGAAAGCUAGCCACAUUCUUAUUUCACGGGAUGGUCUGGUUUCUCUGUCUGGCUUAAACCAUCUCUACAGUUUAGUUAACAAUGGACAGAGGUCAAAGGUUGUGUAUGAUUUUCCCCAUUUUAGUACUUCAGUACUUCCUUGGCUGAGUCCUGAGCUACUGAGACAGGAUUUGUAUGGGUAUAAUGUGAAGUCUGACAUUUACAGUGUGGGGAUAACAGCAUGUGAAUUAGCCAAUGGAUAUGUACCAUUUCAGGAUAUACCUCGUGCAAAGAUGCUGCUGCAUAAGCUGAAAGGUCCCACUUAUUGUCCCCGGGAUAUAAAUACCUUCCCAUGUGGGGAAUCCAGAAUGAAGAAUUCACAGUCAGGUGUGGAUUCUGGAAUUGGUGAAAGCAUGACGCACACAAUGACUAGUGAGAGAUUGCAAACUCCCUCCUCAAAAACAUUUUCCCCUGCUUUUCACAACUUGGUAGAACUCUGUUUGCAACAGGACCCCGAGAAAAGGCCAUCAGCAAGCAGUUUGCUGUCACACACUUUCUUCAAACAGGUAAAAGAACAAACAAGGAGUUCCUUACUUUCACUGUUGCCACCUCCUAUCCAACACAAUAGACCACAAUUCUUGCCACUGCCCUCAAGAGCAAGCAGGCCUGAGUUUGCGUGUUUUUACCCAAAUGAAAGAGACAUAGAGUGGGACUUUUAAAACAAUGACAAACCAUCAUACCUCCCCCAUGCUUCAAAGAAGGAAAAUGUGAUUUCUACUUGCUGCUUUUCUCUGUAUUGGUUUAAAUACAAAUACAAGAGCUAUACUUGAACAUCUGUGGUGUGUACAUGAUUUAAAGCUGGCACUGUAAAAAUGCAGUAGGCCUCACUUUCCUAACCCCAGGGAAAAAGUUAAUCUUAAGAAUAUUGAUGCUUUUUAUCCUUCUCUUCUUCCCACCCCUUUGGACUUAAUCCCUUGGCAGAAGGCUCCUUCUAUAGCCUUAUCUGGUAUUGUACUUAUUCAUAGAACUUCUACUUGAAGAAUACUGCAAUCAAAUGCAAUCCUGAAUUUCCAAUUACUGUAUCACUACGUUCAGGUUCAUAUCGAGCCUCUCUGUGGCCUUCAACUGGACUGUUAACCCCAGUAUUGUGGUACCAGCUCUUUUACUGCAUUGCCCUCAAAGGCAUUUUUGGCCUUUAUAAAUGAUUUUAUUAAAUCUUUUUCUAUAUGUGCAAAUGCCAGAGCUCAUGCCUCUCCUCACCUGAACUGCUUUUUGUUCCAUUGACACAUGAUAGAUAUCUUACAUUUUAAGACUCUAUCCUCUAGGUUUUAUAUAACCAGCCAGAGUCAUUUGGGCAGCUUAAUACUGUUGUCUAGAGAAGUCUAUACAUUUUGCAACUAACAUUCACUCUUCCAGAGUAGCAAUAGCCUUAAUAGCAUCUGCCUAAAUACAGAAUUGUACUUUGGAUACCUCACUCUCUGCUUUAUUGCAUCACACUUCCAGUUACCAAAGGAGUUAUCAUAAUGCAGGGUAAUGCAGGGUUGGUGCUUCUGAAAUGUCCCUUUAGUGUAUGUUAAUAACUAAAGAAUAUAUAACUAGGUAAAAGUAAGUUACUUAUAAUGUAGUACUAAGAGCUUAUAAAUCCUUUCACCCGAACUGUGCAAAUUUUCUUUAAAGAACUUGCUGUUCUACCACAUUGCAGAAGCACAAGCUCAGGCGUGCCGGGGCCAUUGUUGUGUACCACUGUUAUUGCUGGCUAUGACCUAGUAACCCUGAGCCUCUUUCAAAUUUGGGUCUUCCAGUUUAACACACAGGACAGAUUCAGUCCUGGCAGAAGAGAAGAUACAACAUCCAUUUGCCAGCGUCUGAAGAAGAUCUCAGUGUUUUGGAUUAUUUUAAGACAUGGUAGGGUGGGAGAGACAAUUUUUGAAGACUACAUCACCCAUUAGUAUGCACAUUCAAAAUAGACCACUGUAUGCAGAACAGAAAUAAGCAAGACCAUUUUAAAAAAAAACAACCACCAACUUACCUUUAAGUCAUGGUUUAGCAAAGUUUUUAAUCCCAGAAAUACAAGACUAUUAAACCUGCUUCCUGACUAAAAUAAAAAAGUAUAUAAUUUUAACUUAUGGUCUUAGCCAUCAAGUGAACAUGUUGAAGUGUAAUAAGAGAAUGGGCUUAUCCUAUUAGUCAAAAAUCUUUCUCUCUGGUUUUGAGGGCUUUAUUUUUAAUUGUGGUAUAUCAUUUACAUAGAUCAUUUGUAAAUACUAGUACAAUACUUGUAAAAUAUAGGUCAAACCUAACUAAAUUGUAACAUUUCAAAAUAGGUGCACAGAUUUAUGUAUUAAAAACAUCUGUACUUCAAUUACAUACCUCUUAAUGAAGUAACUGACUGAUAAUGUUAUUUUAGAAAACAAGGAACAACUGAAAUUACUGCAGCUAUUUAAAUAUUUGACAAACUAUACUAUGCUAACCUGUUUAAGUCUUCCAUUGGAGAAAUAGUACCAUGCAUCAUUAACUGGAAUCAAAUGUUGUCCAUAAUUACAGGCCUAAACUGAGUUAUGCAUCCUAAUUGCUACAAAGGUGUUACUUGCUAUUUCAGUUUCUGUAUGUGGCAAAUGAGUAAUUAAAAUAUCUAAGAAAGUUACUGAAUAAAAUAACUUCUAUAACCUUCAAAA